CCACCAGUUCCGUAUCCGCUAUUGUUUGUUUGUUUCUGCUGCUGCAAAGCAAGAUGGCCGACGAACAAUAAUAUUUACAAGUUAUUAGACACUUGCUCUUGCCAUUUUCUGUGACUUUUGCGUCAUUUUGCUGUGUAAAACGAGUUUAGUCUUAUGCCUGGUGUAUUUUAGAACCUGGGCGGAGGCAACGGACAACACCUGGGCUGGAACGAUGGCUGACGGAGGUGGUUGGUGGGGGUCAUUGACUGGCGUAGUUAAUGCAGCUAAAAACAAGUCUGCUGAAGUUCUAGAGUUUGUCAAACGAGAUCUUGAUGAACUUUCCUCAACUGUUAAAAAUGAAGCAUCUCAGGUGGUUAAUUCAACUACAUCGGUGCUCAAAGAACAGCUUAGUUUCGAUCUAUCACAGUCCGAGUCAACUGUCAAUACCAUGAAACGCAGUAUGUCUUCCUUCUUAGGCACAGUUAAUACUGUUCUCAAUCCUGCCCCUGAUGAUAGUGAACAAGAAGCCAUGGUCAUGCGUGGAAACAUCCCAGUAGUAUUGACUAGAGUCCAGGCUCAGGUGCACACACUAAUGACAUCCGAAGAAACCUUCCUAGCAGAGCCGUCAGAUAUUGAGGCGACUCAAUUUUCUGCUUGGCUUGACAUUCAAGAAGACUUGUUGAAUAAUGAUAGCCUAACUAAGCUUAUGGUGACUUAUGCAGAACUCCAUUCACAGUAUACCAAACUUGUCCCCUCAAAGGUGAGCCAUGCUGAUUUCUGGCAAAGAUUUCUAUUUCGGAGAGCCUUACUUGAGGAUGAAGAAGCCCGGCGCCAAGCCCAAGAAAGACGACAACACCGUGAAGCUCAAGAAGCUGAGCAAGUUUUGAAUAAUCAUGAAGAUGAAUUUUCCUCAAGUAAAAUGGACAUUUCUGAUGAAGAGCAGAUCAGAUUACUUCAAGAAUAUGAAAAAGAAUGUAAAACCAAACCAUCUGAUGAGUUGGAAACCCAUGACUCAACACCUUCAUCUCCUCGUAAACUUCCGCUUAAAGAAAAUCAUUAUUCUGAUGGAAAGUCUCCUGAAAACGGCAGUGCCCUCUCUCCAUCAGAUGAAGAUUCUGAAAAGUCCUUAAUCUCAGAUGCCAAGAACAAGCUGUUUUCAUUUGUCAAGACUGCUAUUGAUUCAUUGGAUCUCCUUGAGAAUGACUAUGAAACUGAAGAGUCUUCUUCAGUCAGUAGCUAUGAAAAAUGCCCCAAGAGUGGUGAAACUACUGAAAGCGAUAAUAUUGGCGCUUGUCAAAAUUUGGAUUUAACUAUGAGGGAUAAAGGGGACAUGGUGGUCCUGGGGAAAAGCAGAGACAAAGCAGAUGACAGUGAUACAGGCAACGAAGACAGUACAGUAAUUUCAUCAUCAUCAUCCUCUUCUGCCACAUUACCUGAUGAUGAAUGGGAAAAGCUCCAGGCUGUUGAAGCUGCUGAUGCUGAAGAUUUUCUGCAUUGAGAAGAUUGCACUACAGUUAAUUUGCUACAUAUUGCAAUCUGAUCAAAAGUCUAAGCUAAGACGUUUGAGGUCAGUGUGGCAGGUCAGCAUUAGCCAGGACAGAUUUCACAAAAAAGACGUAAUGAUUUCGGUAAGUCUGCCCUCUGUGGAUCUAUUCAAUUGUGAAUCGAAUGUUCUCCUCUGGAUUCUUGCUUAAGAUUUUGUAGAGAAAACAAUAGACAAAGGGUUACAAUAUUACUCUUAGUAUCUGUUCAGUUUGUUGCCUUUCAAACAAACCCAAUAGUACUGAAUGGUGAAGCAUUUUAUAUAGAACUCAAACCUUUUGCAUGACCACAGUUCAUAAAUUUAACCAGAGUUUUCUUUUUGAGUUUUGACAUGGACUGUCGGUUUUUGUUUCCCUCCCCUUUUCCUCAAAUUAAGACCUAUAACUCGGAUGGGGUGUGGAAUUAUGUCAUGCUAUCAGAUGUGCCUUAUGCAGUACCUCUAUUGCACCAGAGAAGUGUAUGUUGUGGAAGCAAUUCUCCUAAUGAUCACUGACCAGUUUGUACUCUAGCUGUUUCUUGUUACACUAUUAAGCCCUUCAUCACUUUAAUGAUGGAUGGCUUAUCAUUCAUAACAUUCUUUGGUUUUGUGUCUGUUUGUCUGAUGAAAAUUGCCGGGUUUAUCUGUGCCCUUUUUGAUCCUUGCUCCUGUCAGGGAACUUGAGAUAAAAGGAUCACAAACAGAUGACUGAUCUUCAGAGCUCACUCUUUGUUCUAAAUAAUUAAUUAUCCCGUUACCUAUUCCCGCCUCUGUGGUUUGAUUACCUGUAGUAUUAUCAAAGGCCUCAACCACCAACAUGGAAGCUCAUGCAAAGAUAAUAGAUGGAAAUUAUUCUUGGAAAUCCUGCGAAUUUAUUAUGCUACAGUGGAGUUAAAGAUUUGGUCUCAAAAAAUACUUUUUUUUCUUUUUUUUUUUUUUUGUUACAAAAAGGGAAGAAAUAAGCCAUGGUUGAUUGUUGGCUUUCAUUUAGAGUCACAGUGAAACUCCGUUAUAGUCAAUCUGUUAUAAGAAAUCGUCACUUUAUAUUGGGGUUUAUUAUAACGGGGCCUCAUUGUAUUUUAACUGAUUAGGAAUUUAGUCCUUUUAUUUUCCUUAUCUUUGGAUACGUCUUUGAGUCUGGGCAAUCACAUUCUGAACAUGUUCUCUUGAUCUUCAAGAUGAAUAAUUUAUUUACCUGAAAAGAAAAAAAACAGCAGUUUUUUUUCCUUCUAGUAUUGAAGUGUAUAUGUAGAUGUUUCAAUAGAAAUUCUACAGUAGUCCUUUUUGGUAUAUCAUAUAAUUAGGUCUCGUAAAUAAUUUGUGAUAUGACAUUUUUUGAGUCAGAUUGCAUGUUUAUCUGACUGCCCAUUCUAUCUAUUGUGAACUGACAGCUUUGAUUUUUAAAGCCUUCUAUCUGCCUUCUCUUUCUGAUAAUCUUCCUGUUUCUUUCAAAUCUCUUUAUACAUACGUAUAUGUACAUAUACACUAUGCUCUUGCAUUAGUUGUCUUUAUGAUUUUCUGUUUUGUUCACUUAUAUAUGAAUUUAUGGGGUAGUCACGUACUACAAAGUGAAGGUAAGGUGCUGAUUGGAAUGUAUGAUGUGUUAGCUUGCAAGCUCGUAAUUUGACUUAGAGGUAAAGUUUUAUGGGGCUGUAAAUAGGUAGGAAGUGCUAAAAGGCAGGGAUGAGUGGCUAUAUUGUUGUUACAACUGUUUUCUUCAAAUGCACAGAUGACUGGCAAAUAGACACAUUGAGUUGGCAACAUUAUGGGCAAAGUUUGUCAGCCUAGAAUGGAGUAUAUUUGUUUGCAACUUAUUAGUGGAGGAACAUACCAGUGAUUUUGGCUUAUUGCCUUGGAAUAAUUUUGUGGAGUAAUCCAAAAAUUGAUUAAAUGAAUGAUAUCUUUACCUAUAAUUUAUCAUGUGUACGUUGUUCUCAUUUCAUUUACUUACUUACCCAAGUUAUGCAUUUUAGCAUAUAGACCGGUUGAGUUGUAGUGCCAAACAAUGAUAAAAAUUGAUAUCAAUUGUGGCUUUAAACAUUCUGUGUUUUUCAAAACUUCCAACUUUUGGGUUUUAGAAUUGUUUAUCAUAUGAUUUGCUACAUAUUACUCCUUUUCUUUCAAACUUUUACUUAACCUGAAGGUUAGUCAUGUCAUUAAUGGUACAUUCAAUAUCUUUUUUCCCCCCUUCUGAUCCGACACUCAACAUUUAUAAAUACUGUGUCCAUUUUUGCUGUGUAAACAGUCUUAGCUACUACUCUUGUGUACUUUGUCCAGUAAAGCUUGUUAUUAUUUUUAUUUUGUUAUUCAAAAUGUACAGAAAUAAAUCAAUUUCACAUCA